AUGGCAGACUCGACCGCGGCCUGGAACGACUCGCCACCACAUCUGUUGGACAAGGCCAACAGGCUCAUUGUCAGCGUCGGCAUGGCCUUUGCGUUCAAAAGGGUGCUCGACAACGUUGCCAUUGGCGACUCGUUGUUUGACGAGGCCGGUGCCAAGACGGUGCAGCAGCCUUCCUCUUGUGAUGUGACGGGACGUGGUAAAGGACAAAAGUACUGCACGCCCGCUCUGGUCGUGUCACGGCGGCAUGGUCCACGUUUGGUUCUUUGGCCUUUUGUCUUUAGCUAA